UGUAGGAGCGCUGGCUGCAGGAGAGCGCACAGCAGGCUGGUCAUGGCUCUGAGGCGUCUGCUCCUGCUGCGCCCCGACGCGCCACGCCUUGUCUUUCUCUCCACGGCGCCAAUGGCCCGCGAGCAGCUGACAGCAGGCUCGGCGCCCGUGCGGGAGUGCGGAGCGGCCAAGGUUGUUCGGCGGCCGGUGCCACCCGUGGACUUUGGAAACACGCAGGAGGCGUACCGCAGCCGGCGGAGCUGGGAGCUGGCGCGCAACCUGCUGGUGCUGCGCCUGUGUGCCUCGCCGGCGCUGCUAGCGCGCCACGAGCAGCUGCUCCGUAUUUCCAGGAAGCUUCUAGGGCAGAAGAUGUUUGACAGACUGAUGAAGAUGACCUUCUACGGGCAGUUUGUGGCUGGUGAGGACCAGGAGUCCAUCCGUCCCCUGAUUCAGCACAACAAGGCCUUUGGUGUCGGCUCCAUCCUGGAUUAUGGAGUGGAGGAAGAUCUGAGCCCUGAGGAGGCGGAGCACAAGGAAUUGGAAUCAUGCACUUCUGAAGCAGAGAAGGAUGUCAGUGUCAUGAAUAAGAGGGAGAAGCAAUACCAGGCCCACUCAGCCUCUGGAGAUCGCAGAGAUGGUGUCAUCAGUGCCCGCGCCUACUUCUAUGCCAAUGAAGCCAAGUGUGAUAACUAUAUGGAGACCUUCCUGCGCUGUAUUGAAGCCUCAGGUGGCUGCCUGGGUGGAUCAAGUGAUGAUGGUUUUGCUGCCAUUAAGCUCUCUGCACUGGGGAGACCACAGUUUCUACUGCAGUUCUCAGAUGUGCUGACCAGAUGGAGAAGGCUCUUUCACCAAAUGGCUGCAGAGCAGGGACAGGCUGGGCGGUCUGCCUUGGACACAAAACUGGAGGUGGAGGCACUGCAGGAUAACAUCGUGAAGAUGGGUAUAGCAUCCAGAGCUGAGAUUAAGGAGUGGUUCACACCAGAGACACUGAGUGUGUCUGGCACUGUGGAUCUGUUGGACUGGAACAGCCUCAUCGACAGCCAGACCCAGCUCUCCAAGCACCUUAUGGUCCCCAGUGUGCAGACAGGACAGCUGGAGCCCCUGCUGUCCCGGUUCACUGAGGAGGAGGAACGACAGAUGACAAGAAUGUUGCAGAGGAUGGAUGUCCUGGCCAAAAAAGCCAGGGAUGCAGGUGUGCGGCUGAUGAUAGAUGCAGAGCAGACCUACUUCCAGCCAGCCAUUAGCCGCUUGACCCUGGAAAUGCAGCGCAGGUUCAAUGUGGACAAGCCAGUCAUCUACAACACGUACCAGUGCUACCUCAAGGAUGCCUAUGACAAUGUGACCCUGGAUGUGGAACGGGCUCGCCGCGAGGGUUGGUGUUUUGGUGCCAAGCUGGUACGUGGUGCAUACAUGGCCCAGGAACGUACCCGGGCCAUGAAGAUUGGCUAUGAUGACCCCAUCAACCCUACGUAUGAGGCCACCAAUGAUAUGUACCAUAGAUGCCUCAACUAUGUCCUGGAGGAGCUGAAGCACAGCACCAAGGCUGAGGUGAUGGUGGCCUCCCACAAUGAGGACACAGUACGCUUCACACUGCAUAGGAUGGAGGAGCUAGGCCUGCAUCCUGCUGAUGGCCAGGUGUGCUUCGGACAGCUGCUGGGCAUGUGUGACCAAAUUAGCUUCCCACUGGGCCAGGCAGGCUUUCCCGUGUACAAGUACAUGCCCUAUGGGCCUGUGAUGGAGGUGCUGCCCUACUUGUCCCGCCGUGCCCUGGAGAACAGCGGUGUCGUGAAGGGUGCUCAGCGUGAGCGGCAGCUGCUGUGGCAGGAGUUGUGGCGGCGGCUACGUACUGGCUGCCUCUUACACCACCCAGCCUAGUGUCCAAUGCCAAGCCCUCACCCAGGCCUAUGUCACUCAACCUGAUACUUCUUAGGGCCUCACACUGGGUAGGGAUUUGGGUGGAGCUGGAGGGCCACCCUCUGGGAUCCCCCUCCCCCCACAGGAGCAGGCACUCAGGCAGGGCCUCUGGGAACUGUCUAAUAGGCCUUCCAAUGAAUGAUUUUCGUCCACCUCUGCAGCCCCCAUGGUCCUGGUCCAGAAGUAUGGCCUUCUGUUGGGGUUCUGUCAAGGACUGCUAAUGGGCAGAGUUCUGGAUAGGAUGUCUGCCUGUUCAAUAAAUCAUCAUUCUGCAA